CGCGCGCUGUUGUCUGCGGGAUAAAAUUCCGAUACGGUUUCUAGAGCACUUGGAAAUUAUUUACCGAUCCUAAAAUCGUACUAAAUUAUUAUAAAUAUGAAUUCGCAAUCGGCUGUGCGUCGUUAUCCACACAGUUUCUCCAUCGAUCAAAUCCUGGCCAAGCCGGAAAUGCGUAGCUCCGAUUCCUCCUUUCCGGAAUCGGCGCAGGAUGAAAGUGGUCGCGGUGGCUUUUGUGGUGGUGUUUCACGUGUUUCGAGUCCAGCCACAUCGAGUUGCUUGGAGGAUAACUUGGAUGACGGCAAAAGUGAUAUCGAUUUGGCCUCGGAUGAUGGAAACGGCCUCGGCGAUGACCGCAAGAAGCGUCCGAGAACCGCCUUUUCGGCAGCCCAAAUCAAAGCCCUGGAAACCGAGUUCGAGAGGGGAAAGUAUCUCUCGGUGGCCAAGCGAACAGCACUGGCCAAGCAGCUCCAACUCACAGAAACGCAGAUAAAGAUAUGGUUCCAGAACCGCCGAACCAAGUGGAAGCGCAAGUACACCUCGGACGUGGAGACGCUGGCCUCUCACUAUUACGCCCAGCUGGGAAUCGGGGGAUUGGCCAGACCAAUGGUGGUUGGAGAUCGACUGUGGCUCUUCAGCCAAACGCCAACGGGUCCCACGCCCAUCCAGUCCAUCAUGCUGAAUGGUAGCGGAUCCGCUGCACCCAUGCCAUCGGCGGCGGCCACCGGCUCACCCAUGCGUCCGUAUCCUACGAGUGGCGGAAUGCCUCCACUGCCGGGACCCAGUGUGAUGGAGAGUGCCCGCAAUGCGAUCCUGGCCCGUGGACAGCCCCUGAACUUUGCCCUGCCCUUUGGAGUGGCCAAGCCGCCGACGGGAGGAGUGCCCUCAGCCAGCUACAUCCCUCGCUGCAAGUCGUAUGCGGGCAGCUAUGUGGAUUAUGCUGCCUCCCUGCCACCAAACGAGGCCUAUCUGCAGAUGAAGUACGCCACACUGCCGCCGGAAACGGAAAGCGGGUCCUCCAAUGGUUUGGCCGAACUGGAACGCGUCUUCGGAGAUGCAAAUGCCAACUUUCUACAGCAACGGAGCACUCCAGCCGGUGGAGUAGCUACAUCCUACGGCCACGACGGAUUAAAUCAAGCCCAAAGGAGCCGUAGACCCACGCAAUCAGAGUCCGAAUGCAGCGACAUUGACUGCGAGCAACUGGACGAGGAUGAGGAGCCACCAGCAGUGGAGUGAAACUACAAACAUCAUUUAAUCUUUAGAAUUUAUGUU